CCCAUUCGUGCUGCUGUUGUGUGUGUGCGUUCGUGUACGCGACGAAAAAAAUAUAAAAUCGUAACGAGCAGAGGAAAAAACGUGUGAAAAAUACAUUAAAAGCGCGGCGCUGUCGUCCAUUAUCUUUCUUCUUCGUCAGUGUUCGUUAUCGUCGUAGUCUCGUCGUCCUUUUUUUUCGUACUCGUCGUCGUUCCGAACGAAGAAAGAAUUGCAUCAACAAGAACAAGAUCGCAGGCAGAAAACACCCACGCAAUGCAAAUGCUUUAAACAUUGACCUCAAAGGAUCAAGAAAGACGACAGGACAACGAGCCACACACACAAAACAGGAGGAGGAGUCUCGUCGCCGAGGUUGUCCACAAAUUGGCAAUAAAUUAUUUACGUGUGUUUGUAUGCGCUACUCUGACGACUCAAUCUCGCAGCCGUCGUCUCUCUCUCACUCCAACUACUCUUUGGCUGUGCCUGCGUCUUCGCCGCUGCUCGUUCUGGUGUUCGUGUGACAACAACACUUCGUUUCGUUCGUGACUAUUGUGUGUGAGAUUGUGUUUGUAAGAGUACCGUUUUCUGGAUCAUUUCAACUCCGAGGCUUGGCAGGGCCGCUCGUGGAGAGAUCAAGAAUAUCAGGGACGAGAGCCAGCAACAGCACCAGAAUCAACAGUAAAUAUUAAGCUCAAGUAUUUAAAAAACGAAAAACGUCGAAGAACUACGUGGAAGAAGUGCAACUCUUAUACAACAACAAAAGCAAAAACAGAAACAACAAAACAAAGCCAAAGCCAAAGUUUAAAGAUUUAUACAACUAAACAAAAAAAAAAAGAGAAGUUAAGGUUCCACAACAUAGGAAAAGGAAAAGCCCCUCUAAGAAUAAGAACACACACAACAAUCUCUUCUUUACGCAAUCAUACAACCAUCCACUACAACCUCCACCACCACCACCACACCCCAGAAAGGAAGAAACCACAAAAGAAAGAACAACCACAGAGUGGGUGGAAAAGGAAGAAAACGUCAAUAUAUAUAUAUAUAUACAUAUAUAUUCGAUUAUAUAAAACAUACAACACCACGCCGACAAAUAAGCAAAAAAGAAACAAACAGAACCUGUUGCUGGCAACAAUGACUUCUCUAGAGGAGCAUAUCGUCUUGGCCCCCGUGGAAGCGGCGGAGUCGUCUCACGUGUCGCUGUGCGACGAGGUAACCAAUCUAUCGGUCCUUGACACGGACACGGAUGUGAGCAACACGAGCAGCAGCUUGAGCAGUUCCAGCAGCUCGAGCAGCUCCAGCUCGGGCACGGACACGGACACCGGCAAGGGCAGCAGCACCGUGGGCAGCAUCGAUGUGACCAGCGUUAGUUCGUCGAGCAUCGGGUCGGCGGGUUCGAUCACAUCGCCGGCCCCAUCAACGGCCAAUUCGAAUACAUCGUCGGGCCUGGGCAUGGGCCUGGGUCUGGUGGUGGACAUAGAUAGCGCGGCGAGCAGUCAGGAGCUGAGCAGCCAUGGCGUCACCGAGCUAGACUCGCUGGAGGACUCGUGCGGCAGCCUCAUCAAGGAUGGGGAUAAGCUCUGCAAAUUGUGCAGCUCUCGGCUGGUUAUGCCCCGUAUCUUGGCCUGCCUGCAUGUCUUUUGCGAGGAUUGUCUACAGGCCCUGGUGGCCACAGAUUCGGUGUCGGCCAGUUCGCCCAAUAGCUGUUCCUCAUCGUCCUUUGACGGCAGCGAGCAUCAGCACCGUUUGCCCACGCUGUUGGGGUGUCCCGUCUGCAAGGAAGUCACCCGACUGGGCCCCAAGGGGGUCAAGGGACUCACAUACGAUUAUAUUUUGACCAAUAUACUGGAUCUAUCGAACCUCGAAUCGGAGCAGAUACCCUGCACCUCGUGCAAAAGCAAGGAAGAGGCCAUAUCCCGGUGCAAUGAUUGUGCCAACUUCUUGUGCAACGGCUGCGACAAUGCCCACAAGUAUAUGCGUUGCUUUGAGAACCAUCAGGUGGUGCGCAUCGAGGAUCUACAGAAGAACGUCCAGGACAAGCUGUUCAUCCACAAGCCCGUUUUCUGUAGCCAGCAUGUUAGCGAGAAUCUCAAAUACUAUUGCUUCACGUGCCAGGUGCCCACCUGCAAUGAUUGUCUGCUGGGCGAUCACAAGGGCAGCGAUCAUCACUACGAGACGGCCAUCGUUGCCGAGCAGGCGGUGCGCGCCGAUCUGGAUGACCUCAUUUCCGCGACUCUAAAGAAGGCCGACUACUGCAAUGAUGCCACCGGGAAUCUGAGCAGCGCCCUCACCGAACUUCAAGCCCAAAACGACAUGGUCCAUCAGCAGAUCGAGGAUAGCUAUAAGAUGUACAAGCGCAUGCUCGAGAAGAUCAGAGACGACCUGAUCAACGAACUGGGGCGUCUGCACUCCGAUCGCGAGCUCAAGAUCAUGGAUCUCAUGCAGAGUCUGGAGAACAAUUCCGGCCGAUUGCAGCAGGCAGCACAGUUUGGCCAGCGGGCCAUUGACAAGGGCAAUGCCGUGGAGUUUCUCCUUCUGCAGCCCCUCAUCACAGACCAGUGCAAGAAGCUGAUGGAGCAGACACCCAAAUGCGACAUCAACUACCAGAUACAGUUUGAGACAAAGCCGGAAAGGUUCGAGCAGUUCGCCCGAAAUAUGUUUGGUAAAUUUGAGACCGAAUCCAGCUGCAGUCCGGUGGAUACGCCCAAGCCAUUGUCUCCGGUGCCAUCGUCGCACCAUCAGCACCAGCAGCACUCGAAGCAGCAGCAGAAACAGCAACAGAUGCAGUCGCAGAUCCCAUUGAAAUCGCAGCAUCAUUCUACGCCUCUGAUUGUGGGCCAUGGCCAUGGCCAUGUCCAAGGUGGGAACUCCUCCACGCGCGGCAGCUCCUCCGUACAGGGACGCCUCAGUUCGGCUGUGUUCAGUCCCAAUUCGUUGCCAUCCUCGAUUCCUAACUCCUUCGAUGGGGAUAACUCGGCCAUGACUAGCUUCUCGCUGAUGAGCACUCUGCCACCGGACUCGCCCUCGCAGCUGCAACAGGCGCCCCAGUUGCCGCCGCUACCACAAAUGCCCCAGAUGCCACAGCUGCCUCAGAUGGCGCAGCAACAGGCACAGCAGCAGCAGGCGCAGGCGCAGCAGCAGCUACAGCAGAAGCAGCAUCAACAUCAACAACAGCAGGCACAGCAGCAACAGGCGCAGCAGCACCAGCAACAACAAGUGGUACUCCAUCAACCGCAGACGCAACAGCAGCCCAUGCCACCGCAAAUUGCCCAACUGGUGACGCCCCAAGGCAUUGUGCAAGUGCAGCAGCAACAGCAGCAGCAGGCUCCUCAUGUCAAUCUGAAUGCCGGACCCGGACCCAACAUGGCCGCACUUAAUGGCAUGGCCGGAGGCGGCGGUGGUGGCCCACCCUCGUCCUUCAGCAUGCUGGAAUACAAUAUCUCAAGGCUGGCCAGUCUUAACGAAACAAUGUCCGAUUCCCUGACCGAGGCACUGGCCGUGGGCGGUGCUACUGCCGUACCGAAUGUGGCUCAGGUAACCGCUGGCCCAGCUGUGCCCGGCGGCGCCGGAGCUUCGCACCACCAACAGCAGCAGCAGCAGCAGCAGCAACAACAACAGCAGGCUGUUAUGCCCGCCUCUGCGGUGACGCCCAGUCAACCAAUCACUCUGGCGGACAUUCUGUCCGGCGAUCAGCGGGCUCUUAACAAUCUUCAGGCCCUGGCCAAAUUGGGACUCAAUAAUAAUGAUGAUCUGUUGUCGAGCGAAAGCUCAUCGGGAAUUGAUUUUUUAUCAGAUUUCUGCCUGCCAGCUGCCACCUCGCCCAGCCUCCAGGCCCUCAAUCCGAUUGUCGGCGGCGUCGAGGAUAUCGGCCUCAACAGUUUCCAUGCCGUUGCCCCCCCGGGCACCACCAAUGUGGUGACAGGCCGCAACAAGGCCACACCCAUGCAGAUCAGAUGCAAAUUCGGUUCCCUGGGCACGGCCAAGGGGCAGUUUAAUUCCCCACAUGGCUUCUGCCUUGGCGUUGAUGAGGAGAUCAUCGUUGCGGAUACAAACAAUCACCGGAUCGAGGUCUUUGACAAGAUGGGUGCCCUCAAGUUCCAAUUUGGGGUAGCCGGCAAGGAGGAGGGUCAACUCUGGUAUCCCCGGAAAGUGGCCGUCAUGCAUAAUAAUGGAAAAUUUGUGGUUUGCGAUCGCGGCAACGAGCGCUCCCGUAUGCAGAUAUUUUCAAAAUGUGGACAUUUUAUGCGGAAAAUUGCCAUCAGAUAUAUUGAUAUUGUUGCCGGACUGGCCGUCACCGCAAAGGGUCACAUUGUGGCCGUAGAUAGUGUCUCCCCCACUGUCUUUGUCAUCUCCGAGGAGGGGGAGCUGGUGCGCUGGUUUGAUUGCAGUGACUAUAUGCGUGAGCCCUCUGAUAUUGCCAUACGCGACAAUGAUUUUUACGUUUGCGAUUUCAAGGGUCAUUGUGUGGCUGUUUUCCAAGAUGAUGGUACAUUCCUAUAUCGUAUUGGCAAUGAGAAGGUCACCUGCUUCCCCAAUGGCAUUGAUAUAUCGAAUGCCGGUGAUGUCCUCAUCGGGGACUCGCAUGGAAAUCGCUUCCAUGUGGCCUGCUAUUCGCGCGAGGGCGUCCUCCAAUCGGAGUUUGAGUGUCCCCAUGUCAAGGUUUCACGCUGCUGCGGCCUGAAAAUCACAUCCGAGGGAUAUGUGGUCACUCUGGCCAAGAACAAUCACCACGUUCUCGUGCUGAAUACGCUCUAUGUUCACUGAUUGCAAAUUAAAGCCCGCAACAAUCGUCCGUCAGUCGACUUGAUCAAAUACAAUUACAAAUACUCGUCAGGGAAGAUAUACGGCUGUCGUCGUCACCUGAUGCCCGGCCAUACACACAAUGCUAUCUGUCAUAUAUUGGCCAGAAAGCAGCAGAAAUACGAAAACAGGAUGAACAACGCUAAUGCCAAUGCCAACGGAAAUGCCAAUGCCAACACAAGCGGCAGUGGCACCCAAAACAGCCAACAACAACAGCAACAACAACAACAGCUGCAGCCGCCACCGCAGCAGCCACCAGCGCCGGGGCCGCUGCAGCCGCAUUCGGUCAUGGAUCAUCUACCAAACAGUCGCAAUCCGAUUGAAACUAACAGCUACAUCUUCAACCACAACUAUAAGAGCAUCAAUUGCGACAAAAUCAACGUCAAUGUCACUAGCAACGUUAACGCCAACACCAACACCAACAAUUGCCAGCAAUGAAGUGUAUAUAAUCGAAAAUGUACAUAUACAUAUAUAUAUGUAAUAUAUACAUAUAUUAAAGUUGGAAAAAUACAAGGACAUAUAAAAAAAAAACAAAAACAAAAUCUCGAAAACCAAAAAUCCAAAAACAAAACAAAGCGCAUAACAACGGCGACAAAACAACAACAAAAUGAAAUGAUAAAACAAAAUGCAACAAAUACUAUUUUUGAUCUCUAAUUUAAAAAAACAAAACAAAACAAACAAAAAACAAUUAGCGCUACUAUUAAAAACAAAACAAAACCAAACAUCCAACAAAUCUAACAAACGAAAAACCAACAACAAAUAUUUUACUUAGUCUAAAAAAAAAAACCUAAACAAAAAAAAAACAAGUAAAACAACAAAAAUGAAAAACCGAUAUUUUCAAAAUGUUUUUUAAAAACUUUUUUUAAUCUGUUUUUCAUUAUACUUUUUGUCAUAAGGUUCUGUUCUUGUUAAAAUUGUCAUAAAA